AUGGGUCGGGCCAGGGAAAUGGGUUGGAUGGCAGCAGGACUGAUGAUUGGGGCUGGUGCCUGCUACUGCAUGUACAAACUGGCCAUGGGAAGAGAUUCCCGUAACGAACUGGAGGACGAGGAGGAAAAUGAAUGGGAUGAUGAGCAGGAUCUGGAUGAAGAGGAGGCAGACUUGUGGUUUGAUUUCACAACAAUGGCUCGGCCCUGGAGUGAGGAUGGGGAUUGGAAUGAACCUGGGGCCCCAGGUGGGACUGAGGACAGACAUUCAGGUGGUGGAAAGGCAAACAGAGCACACCCAAUAAAACAGCGACCAUUCCCUUAUGAACAUAAAAAUACAUGGGGUGCUCAGAGCUUUAAAUCCUUCAAUUGUGCUCUUGACCUGACCCAGGGUGCUUCAAUUCAAGGGAAGAAAAAGUUCACUGAGCCAACAAAUGCUGGCUUUUCCCUUAGCCACAAUGUCGGUAGGCAUUUGGCCAGCCUCUCAGUGGUGGGAAACAGGAUCCCCACCACCCCGCACACUGUGAGGGAGAAGGCUUUGUGUGUCCCUGAAAACCCGAACACCAGUAUUGGAAAUCAGGGCCAGAUUAAGAUGUACACCCAUGAAGUGUGUCGAGAGACGGCGUUUCGUUGCUGCAAGUCAUUUCUGCAGCAGGCCGGAUUAAGUCUGCUAAUGAGCAUGACAGUUAUUAAUAACGUGCUUGCCAAGUCGGUUGCAGACCUGCAGCUUUCUUUGAUAUCCGAGGGAAGUGGCUGUGCAAAGGUUGAGAGUUUGGAACCACUGAUGGUUUUGUCUGAAAAGCCAGUGUUGGUGGGGGAAGCGCUGGCUGCGCAAACGCUAUUCUCAUUCAUGCUCCUCUAUAUCAGAAGUGGGAGCAGAGAGAUGCUUGUGGGAGCCCUCUGCCCAUAA